UCUACAUCCACCAGAUGGAAGAAUAUAAAAUAUCGCGCAUAGGCGCGGAGGACAUAGUGAAAAAUCACCUUGAGCUUAUCGAUCAAGCUCUGGAGAAAAAUCACGCCUCCACGAACUUCGAGAAGCUGGUUGUGAGAGUCCAUUAUGCGUUGCCCGAUAGCGUGACACGAAAUGGGUUUCCAAAAGACACACAAGUCGAGAUCAUCGCCAAAAUCCUCUCAAAGCUGAAAUCCGAACGCUUGAGCCAAUGCAGGGAUGACGAAGAAUAUCUUGAGAAGGGCAGUAAAUUCCUUCAAAGUAGCGAAGGAGAAUCUUGGAUAAAUGGAUGGUUCUCUCCAAAAGACGCGAAUAUUGUCGAGGCUUCCAAGCGCAAGGGCAGCAAAUCAAUAACAAAGAGAUCCAAUAGACCCAAGGGCAUAGCGAUUGACACUUUUUCCGAGGAAACCGGUGCAUCAUCCAGCAGCAAAGGCGUUCGCAGAGUACCUCCCGCUCCUUCCUCCUCUUCUAUCAAUAAUAUGCGUGAAAUUGUCUCUGUGACAAUGUCAUCGCCUCAUGGUUCAGCGGCAUCCCCCAAAGAGUUGCCUUCUUCCGCGGUCUUGCCAGAAUUAUCGCCUGUAAUUUGCUCCACGCCAACACCGUUCCAGGUCGGGGAAAAUGUAUUGUACAGCACCAGGGGUGGUGGUCUAGCUCUUUGUCUCCAAUGCUGGACGAUCCACGAUAAAACUAUCGGCGGUCCUUUUGUUGAUCUAUGGCCCUCGUCUCAUUCAGGCCCUCUCAGUACUGUUUUGUUCGGUAACCACAUCGAGGAAAUCAACCGGCUCAACCAAAGACUAUCGGCGAGAAGGGUCGUUGGCAUGUUCGCCAUUGGCGGAGCUUGCGUUUUCAGCACUCUGGUCUGGCUCCUUAGUGUUUUAUUUGGCUCGCAAGCUCGUCAACAAUGA